AUGGAGUACCAUACGAAGAUCCGGUGGCAGAAACAACCGGAGAAUCAAAUGAGAAACGUUACCUUCGAUAAUGAAGAGAGCAAAUUUGCAAACAGCAUCGCACGACGAGCGGCAUACUCGAGGGUGCCGCCGAAUGCUGCGGAUAUAAACGGGUUGGCCUGCCGCCUGGAGAUCAGAAAAGCACUUCCUGGUGGACGCGAGAGGUACAACUGGCAGUUAAAGAGAAGAAAGGCAGCGCUCGAAAAAUCUCUUGGAAACAAGGAGCCAUCUACUCGCGUGCGAUAUGUCGAGGAACGCAAGGCGGCAGCCGUAGCAGUGGUAAAAGCCAAGGUUGAUUCCUAA